AUGAUGAUCGAUGACCUACUUGCAGUACUAGAUAGCAAAAACGUGUUGGAGAAAAAAAGCGAUGUAGUCACUUUGAGAGUGAUACUUGGUGGAGAAGGUGUGAAAUAUCUAUCCGAGUUCGCUAGGUAUGGAAAUGAGCAUAGCGAUGAGAAUGGAUUGCAGCUGAUCUGUCGACUGUUUGGUUUGAUUCUGGAGGAAUUGAGGAAUGCACAAGAAGACACUAUCGAAUCGCGCGAUCUUCAGUCGUUACUGAUGGAAGUUGUGCGAUGUAUUCGUACUAUAGUCAAUACUUACCCUGGACUCGAGCUAGUCUUGCAACGUGACUCACGCGCUAUCGGUCGACUUAUUGAAGUUCUAUGUGCCAUCAAUAAGCGAAGACCUAGAGAAGGAGAAGAGACUGAAGUGGCUCGUGCGUUGAGAGCCGAAACUGUAAAAAUACUUGCGUCACUCGGUAUGGUUAAUCAGGAAACUACGAAAAAUAUUCAAAUGGAGAUGACGGGUGCCCAGAAAAUGAUCAAGGAACUUACGCUGUUGUCGGCUAGAACCAAGCAGCCACGAUUCAAACCCAUUUUGGAUUGCCUUCGAUUUUGCAAAGAAUGUGAUGUGGACCACGUGUACCGAAUUCUUAUCAUCAUCAAUCUGUUGAUCCAUAGUAGCGAUCGUGAGCUAGGUGAAGAUCAAGCAUGGCAAACACGAAUGGCUCUUCGCUCCGAGCUGAUGAGAGCUGGUUUCGGGAAGUAUAUCCCGCACAUAGUCCUACUGUCCAAGAGCGAUGAGCGGAUUGGAGAGGUCUACAGUGCCUUCACUUCCAUCCAAGACGACGAUUUCAAUGAACUCGUAGCCCGGUUUGAAACCCUGUUAUCAUACUUCCGCUUGAUUGAAAGCUGUGUGAACGAAAUCGUUCUACAUAAGAAUGGCGUUGAUCCAGACUUUGAUUCGCAGUUCCACUUCGAAACCCCUGUUAGCGAAAUCAUAGAGCAGUUACAAGAUGCAGAGUUUUCGCGCAAGCUGGAGCAAGCAGUCCAGGCGAAGCAGGAGGCGGUUGCCAAGCAGAUGCAGUACUGGCAGAAGCUAGGAUGA